CAAUGUUACAAGGGCAACGCUAGCUUGAAUGAAAGAAGCUUGAUCAGACGCUCAAGCUGCAAGACCUUAGCCCAGUGUUGUCUCUUUUGUUUUCGCAAUAUCGUAGCAAAGAUGGUAAGAGAGGGGUCAAGAAGCUCACGAGGCAUGUGAGUAGUCGUCUUGUUUAUGAUAUCAUCAUGUUCGGCUGUAUCAAGUGCAACCGAGGAGAGAAGUUCUAAGCCUUUUCCGGCAUUGAUGGUGUUUGGAGAUUCCACUGUAGAUGUGGGUAUGAACACGUAUUACCCCACGAUUGUCAGAAGCAACUUCGCCCUAUAUGGACGUGGUUACCAAGGUGGCAAGUCAACGGGGAGGUUCACAGACGGCUGCACGGUAAUGACUUCCUUGGUAAGAGUCAACGAUUCCAAAAAGCAAAAAUGUAUCAUAUCCUCACAUGAUUGGAGUUGCCUCAGUGAACGAAGCAAAUUGAGUUCACUUUAUUGCUCACGAGUGCCUAACCUAACGGGGGGUGGUAUUGUGUGGUCCUGGGUUUUAGCUGAGUCCCUUGGCUUAAGAAACUCCCAGAUUCCAUAUUUGCACCCAAACGCGACAGGAGAGCAGAUCUUGCAGGGAGUCAGCUUUGCAUCCGGUGGCUCGGGCUACCUCAAGUCUACUUCUUCAGUACUGAACGUCAUCCCAGCUUUUCAACAGUUUGAGGUGUUUCUUAAAUACAAGAUCAAGAUUUCUGACUUGGUUGGACGAGAAAAGGCUUCUUCAUUUUUCUCCGAGGCACUCUAUUUUAUUUCCGCAGGGAGUAACGAUUUCAUCCUCAACUACCUACCCAUCAAUUCUGUGGUAAAGGAGCGUUACUCAAGGACUGACGGCAAACUUCGUGUUCUCCAACCAAACAGAGUUUUUGAAGGGAGGGCGAAACGUGCUUUUGGUCGGGUUUCCUCCUAUUGGGUGUCUUCCUGCACAGAUCACUCUCUUUGGAAGCGUGGGACAGAAAGGAUGUGUGGAGGACUUGAACCAGAUUUCCAUUGCAUACAAUAAUCGACUGAAAGCCGCAAUUCCUAAACUGGAAUCAAGCUUGCCUGGGUUACGACUAUUGUAUGGAGAUGCGUACACAUACAUCUAUGAAGCAUUCAACAAUCCCUCUAAAUAUGGUGAACAUCCAUCCCAGCAUCAGUCCUCU